UGAUCCCGCCCCCAAACGUAACUUCCGUCGGCGGCAACAUGGCGGCGCUCAGGCCCUGCCACGCAGACUUCCGCCAGGCACGGAGACUGAGGGCCGGUGGAGGGUUGCGUCGGAGGUGAAGUGUCGCGCAGUGUGAAGCUGCAGCCCAGGCAACAUGUCGGAAGGAGACGCUGCUGGCGAGUCCAGCACUCCGGGAGGGCCACGACCCCUCCUGUCUGGGUCCCGGGGACUUAUCGGCCGGCGACCCGCACCCUCUCUCCCACCGGGCCGCCUUCCUUCCAUGCGCUCCAGGGACCUCACCCUCGGAGGAGUCAAGAAGAAAACCUUCACCCCAAAUAUCAUCAGUCGGAAGAUCAAGGAAGAGCCUAAGGAAGAGGUAAACGUGAAGAAGGAGAAGCGAGAGCGGGAUAGAGACCGCCAGCGGGAGGGGCAUGGACGAGGCCGGGGCCGCCUGGAAGUGAUCCAGUCCCACUCUAUCUUUGAGCAAGGCCCUGCGGAGAUGAUGAAGAAAAAAGGGAACUGGGAUACGACAGUGGAUGUGUCAGACAUUGGACCCUCUCAUAUCAUCAACAUCAAAAAGGAGAAGAGGGAGACAGAUGAAGAAACCAAGCAGAUCCUGCGUAUGCUGGAGAAGGAUGAUUUCAUUGAUGACCCUGGACUCAGGAAUGACACGCGAAACAUGCCUGUACAGCUACCACUGGCUCACUCGGGGUGGCUUUUUAAGGAAGAGAGUGAAGAGCCGGAUGUUAAGCCUUGGCUGGCUGGUUCCAAGGAGGAAGACAUGGAGAUAAACAUACCUGCUGUGAAAGCAGUGAAAGAGGAGCCUCGAGAUGAGGAGGAGGAGGCCAAGAUGAAGGCUCCUCCCAGGGCAGCUAGGAAGACCCCAGGCCUCCCAAAGGACGUGUCUGUGGCAGAGCUGCUCCGGGAGCUGAGCCUCACGAAGGAUGAGGAGCUGCUCUUCCUCCAGCUGCCGGACACCCUUCCUGGCCAGCCGCCCACUCAGGACAUCAAGCCUGUCAAGACAGAGGUGCAGGGCGAGGAUGGACAGAUGGUGCUCAUAAAGCAGGAGAAAGACCGGGAAGCCAGGCUGGCAGAGAACUGUUGCACCUUGGCUGACCUGACCGAGGGCCAAGUUGGCAAGCUGCUCAUCCGCAAGUCAGGGAAGGUACAGCUCCUCCUGGGAAAGGUGACUCUGGAUGUGACCAUGGGAACCACUUGUUCCUUCCUACAGGAGCUGGUGUCUGUGGGCCUUGGAGACAGUAGGACAGGGGACAUGACAGUCCUGGGACACGUGAAGCACAAACUUGUCUGUUCCCCCGAUUUUGAAUCCCUCUUGGAUCACAAACACCGGUAAAAUGAGCAGAUGGAGGAGGAUGGCGACUGUGCCCACGGCUGCCGCCUGCUCCAGACAUUUUGUUCUCACAUCCAUGUGACCCAGAAGGGGCCUGUGGAGACCACCCACUCCAGCCUUCGGCAGCCAUCGUCUCAGUUUGCCCCCACUGGCGCCCACGCAGCUCCCUCCCUCGGCAGCUGUGAACUGCACAGUGACCUUCCCAUAGCAGGGAUACAGAUGGCGUGUUCUUGCUGCUGGGGACCUGCCCCUGCUAUUUAUUUUUGUAUGUAUGUCUUAAUCUCCUCAGUUGAGUGCAUCUUCCCAAGGCAGCUUCCACAGGCUCCUUGUCUUGGGGGGCCCUCAGGCUGCAGAGGUGGGAACGACUUGGCUUGUGUUCUCUCUUUCCUCUGCAGAGGCAGGCAGGAGAGAGAGAAGGGUGGAAUCUAAGACAAAAGCACUCAGCCCCAGCUCAUUGGUUCCUUGUUCUCAGCCCUUGGACAAACUCCCUAAUUUUUCUGAACAUCUUAUUCCUCAUCUGACAGCAAUGGGGAUAACACCUACCUCACAGAGUUGGUGUGAGGAUCAAGUGGAAUAUUGUGGAUGGAACUCUUUGCAUAGGCCAGAUAUAUUCCAGUAGGCUCUCAAUAAACAGUUUUCUCUUUGC